UAAGGUUAUCAAAUUACUGUUUGGAUUGAGAUCAGUAGAGCAUCAAUGAACUAUCAUCAAAAAUUAUAUUAUAUAGGGUAAUUCAAAACGAAGAGUGUACCUCCCAUAAGUUAUUAUUUUAAAAUGAAGAUCAAAUUAAUUGGUCUAACUUAGGGGACUGAAUAUAUAAUAACAUCUCAAUAAAGAAAUAAAAUAAAUUAAAAAUUAAAAAAAAAAGAUAAUAUUGUGAGGUAAGUACUAAAAUAAGAAGGAAAGUUCCACGUCAUGAAAGAGUGGUCGCUGUCGGACUGAAAGAAACAGACCAAACAAAGAUCUUUGAAAUCUUAAAAAAAGAUUCGGUGCCCAAAGAUUUUGACCUUCAAGACACUAAAGAUUUACUAUAACUGCAUGUGUUUUAUUUUUUCUGACACUUGACCCAACUUAAGAUUUUGUUUCCUCUUCAAAGAUCUCACCAGCAACAUCUGAUCUUCCGUAUCUCUCUCUCUACUGAAACCCCACCUCUUAUAUCUAUGUCACUUUUUUCCCUUUCUUCCUCCAUCACAUCACAUUGAUUUCUGGAGUUUUCUUUCUUUCUCUUUAAUCCUAAGCUUCUUCGUUUUCUUUAAAACCCAAUCUUGCAUUCUUUUCUGAGUUAGAGAAAUGGCUGUUGGUGAGGUCAUGAGGAUGGAGAUUCCCGCCGGUGGAGAUUUGAGUGUUACUUCUCCUGAACUACAUGUUCUAGCUGUUGACGAUAGUAUUGUGGAUCGUAAAGUCAUUGAGAGGUUGCUAAGAAUCUCUUCUUGCAAAGUGACGACUGUAGAGAGUGGGACUAGAGCUUUGCAGUAUCUUGGCUUAGAUGGAAACACAAAUGCUUCUGAUCUUAAGGAUUUGAAGGUGAAUUUAAUAGUGACCGAUUACUCAAUGCCAGGACUAACAGGAUAUGAUCUUCUCAAGAAGAUUAAGGAAUCUUCUGCGUUCAGAGAAAUACCUGUAGUGAUCAUGUCAUCUGAGAACAUCUUAACUCGUAUAGAACAAUGUUUGAAGGAAGGAGCAGAGGAUUUCCUGUUAAAACCAGUGAAGCUUGCAGAUGUAAAGCGAAUAAAACAACUUAUAAUGAGAAAUGAAGCAGAGGAGUGCAAAACCUUAAGCCAUUCUAACAAGAGAAAGCUUGGAGAAGAUACUGAUACAUCAUCACCAUCAUCUUCCUCGUCAUCAUCAAGUCAUGAUGAUUCCUCCUCUGUCAAUGACUUUCCAUCUUCAAAACGGAUGAAAUCAGAAUCUGAACAAUUUUCUUCUUUCCUUUGAAGUACAUAGAGCCAAGACCUUAGCUAGCAUUGUCUGUUAAUAUUUCACAUCUAAGUUUUUGUUCAUGCCUUUUUGUUUUGUGGUCAAUACAAAGACACUGUUUCUUGUUUUGUUAGCUUGUACGGACUAAGCUACUUCCUCCAGAUUCUGUCGAGGUUUUGGUGUAUACACAUUGACUGUGUAUGCAAUUUCUCUCAUGUAGUUUGUGAGAUACCUGAGAACUUAGUCUUGCUCUCGCAACAGAGUUGAAGAGAGAAUGAUAAGAGGUUUACUCUAAUAUGUGAAACCAGGAUGAAAGAUCGUCAGAGACGAUUACAGGAGCUAGAACCAUUAACGAUCCGAGACAUUCCAAGUUUGUAGAUUUAUCUACAUAAAUCUUGGAGCCAAACGUUUUGAAAACUUUUUUGUGAUAAAAUUGUGACAAAAUGUCCUCUUGGCCCAACAUAUCACAUGCACGAUAGACAACUUGUGAAAUGUGUGGUUCCAUAUGCAAUUGAUGAUCUGAUUCAUAAGCAAGAGAUCGCAUUAAAAUAUCAUUAAACGGAA